AGUCAAAAUGUAUAAUAUUAAAGACUUCUUUAAGAAACCAACCAAAGCUCCAAAAAGAAAUAUAGAACCACAUAUAUAAAUUAUGACUUGUUCAAGUAUUUAACCAAAGCCCCAGAAUCAAAUCUCAAGUCUAAAAAAAAGCCUAAACUCCAUUGUUGCACCUUUCAUUGGUUUCUGCUGCUUGCUGUUCUCUGGAACUUCUGAAUGGUGAUGAUUUUGAUCUUCAUCUUUGAAGCUUUGAUAUACCUCUCAUAUGUCAUUGCUCACAAUACCGUUUAUGGUUUGCUUAAGAUCAUAAUUUGGUUUUCUGGUCCUGUUUUCCGUCUUCUCUUCUCCAUAGUCACUAAGUACCCAAGCUUGGCGCUUCUCCUAGUCACAUUUUGGAUUCAUCGAAAACCAGUGUGGAUUUUUCUAGUUCAAUCAUGGGUUUCAGUUAAAUCACUUAUUAGGCAGCCAUUGAGCUUCACAUCUACGCGUCUUUCUAAACGGGUGGUUCCUUGCUUGAUCUGGUUGUGGCAUCUUUUCGUUUGUCUAAGCUUCUAUCCACGUUUUGGUCAGGGAAGGAAGGUUCCCAAACAGAUCAAGUUAAAGCUUGCAGUUGACAAGGAAAGGAACCGGGUUUUAUUUGCAGAAUCAGAUAAAGAUUUCGUAGACAUUCUCUUUAGUUUUCUCACCUUGCCAAUUGGGACUAUCAUAAGAUUGGCUGAGAGAAGAUCGGGUAUUGGAUGCAUGGAUUACUUGUAUAAAAGUGUUGAGGCUCUAGAUGAACAGUUUCUCGAAACAAAAGCAUGCAAGACUAUGCUGCUCAAUCCCAGAAGUGCCUAUGAAGUUCACUGUAGGAACUUGGCUCUCAAGAUUGAUGGUACAGAGCCUGCUAAGCACUACACAUGCUCAAAGAUGUUUUGCUCAACCAAAGCUCAGAAAAUGGAAGGUUUCCGUUUGGCAAGUAUGGUCAAGAAUUCAGUAUGCAGUUGCGGACGAGCAAUGGAUAAGGAAGUAUUUCUAGAAUACCAAGAGAAUGUCACAGAUGGAGAUGGGGUAUUCAUGAAGGGAACAAGAAGGUUUACAAUAACGGACAAUUUGCACAUCACACCCAUUUCUAUGUCACAUAGCCUUGCAAUGUUUCAGAAGCUCAGACUGGAAAGUGGAAAUGGCAUUGAAGCACUGACUGUGACUGUUGAUGAGGAAGAGGUUUUGUAUCUACUCAAGCGUUCACUAGUAUCCAAGACCCCAAUGACAGAGUCAUUCUUGUCCAAUGAAGAGAACACAGAAAAUGCAGCAUCAUCCAGCAGAUCUAACCACCAUGAAACAAGAUCACAAAGACCAUCUCAUAAGUUUAGGAAGAUGAAGGUAAAGCUCCUUAUAGACAAGUCCAGCAGGAGGGUGUUAUGCCUAGAAGCUAAAGAAGACUUUGUGAACCUGGUUCUGAGCUUCCUCACGUUCCCUCUAGGUUCUAUAAUUAAACUGUUAAGGGGACAUUCUUCAUUGGGUUGCAUGGACAACUUGUAUAGAAGUGUGGGAAGCUCAAAAUUGGAGGAUUGUUUCAAGUCUACCAAAUGCAAGGAGAUGCUUCUUAGUCCCAAGCUUCCAAUGGAUUUCAGUUUGAAUCAAUCGCUACCAAUCAGAGAGGAGGAUCCAGCAACCUACAGAAGUUAUAAGUGUUCUGAUUGCUUCAGGAAAAAUAUGGUUUGUUUGUAUCCCUGGCAUGAAAAACUCUGCUUUAUGAAUCCUAAACUUCCUGGUCAGGCAGUAAGUGGAGGAGGAUUCAUAAAGAAGGAAACCUUACUACUGAUCAACGAUGACCUAACAAUUCAACCACUAUCACCUAUCAAUGGCAUCCUUGAUCUUGACAAGCUUAGAGUCCUUGUGAGCAACUCAGAGGAGCAUGAGGUUGAAGUAGGAGAAGAGGAGGCUUUAAUUCUCCUCAAGGCUGCUUUAAUCUCCAAAAGUGUUCUGAAUCAUGUCUUCAAACCAAAUGACCUGGAAUAAAUGGUAGGCUAAUGCUGCUCAAGUGUAUCCCAGCAUGGAAAAGGCCAGCAUUAUUUGGGAUUGGCUGGGUGUCUUCAGCUCUGUCUGGUUGACAACCUAGAGAAUAAAGAUUGGGAGCUCAUUUUUUGAAUUUCAUUGAUAAUUCCGGAGGUUGACCAUUGAUCCUUGUUAGGGCUUUUGUUGGUUUUUAGCUGGGUUCUACUUGUUGGUUUUUCUCUUCUUUUUUUUUUUUCUGUUUUUCCCUCAGGGUUUUUCUGUACAUUUUUGGUGUUCUCAAAUUGUGCCCUGACUUGAUUAGACAAGUUCAAACUCAUUAUUUCUUACUAAAUAUUUUGUAUUUUAUUAAUGUAAUUGUGGACUCGCAUUUUCACGUGC